GGCUGCGGUGUGCACAUUGCCUCAAGUACUUUUUUCAUAAGUAUAACAAAAUAAAAGCUUUCCUCAUUCAAAUUGUUUGCAUAUUUCCCUUGUUCUGCAAUACUUAUAACAUAUAAGUACUCAUCGAUGGAUGACGAGUAGUGCUGAGACUGUUGAGGUUGCUGACCAGUGACCACAGAUCCUUCUGACUGCAUCUGCCCCAACCUAAAUAUGUGGAAGCGGAUGACAAUGCUGCAGUUUGGGGGCGCGCUCGUCUGCUCGAACUCGAGGAGGACGCCGAGGCUCUCCUGGUGGAUCACCGCGCAAAACUUUCUCUACUCGGUGAGAACGGCACAAACCGCGGCCACUGCUGCGGCCACGGCUAACACGUCCCACGAAGCCGAGCCUGCCAAAGUGCCUCUAGAAGAAAAAGUUGUCGAGCAUGGCAUUCAAAGCCAAAAGAAUCCUUAUCCCAAUAAAAGAAGAAUGUUUACAAGUAAAGCACUUCUCACAGCAACGUUUAAAAGCUUGAGCAUAACUGCAGAAAAUGCUGAAUCAGAUAAAAUCAAGGAGCUCAAUGAAAGGGUAAGAGCUGCUCAAACGGUUGAUGAAAUUUUAGCAGUGACAGACGAUCCCGAAUUUAAUAAACAGAAUGCAGCUACCAUCAUACCUAUUCUGUAUAACUGGAUAAGUGAUGAUAAAGUUAAAAUAAGUGAUUUGCAGACAAACAACAAGUUUUGGAAAGCUUUUAAUAAACUAAGCACUUACAAGAGACCACCUUUGUAUAGAGACUAUGAUGAUCCGUUGAGUCAGCAUUCAAAUCUGCAGAUUGAAAAAAUAAAUAAUUUAAAUACUUAUCAGCUGAUUACAGUCUUAUCAAAACUAGCAAGUAAACAGCAAAGAAUAACUCCAUUACUUCAAGCAGUAACUGCUAAAAUAGCCGAUUCAAACGAUUAUCUUAACGUAAAAUUGCUAGCGGAUGUUUUGUACAGUGUAGCCGUGCUUACUUUUUACAAUAAUGUGUUAAUGGAAAAAAUAAGUAAAGAUUUACUGGACGUUAUACCUUCAAACGAGAACAGUGCAGUUAUAGGAUCGAUUUUAAGAUCCAUAGGUGUGUUACGUUACAGAGAUGAGUCGUUACUCGAUUCAUUAUCUACAUGGAUUGUUGAUCACAAAGAAAUUAUCAGGCCUCAAGAAAUCCACAAUUUUUUUAUGACAUUAGCGCACCUAGGAUAUGUACCAAAAAAUUUUAACGAGCUACUGCAGAAAAUCGUUUUACCAUUGAAAGAGAGUGAUAUGUGUGAUAGCAGUGAAUGGUUAGACGUUAUUUGGGCUUUGACCAUCUUAAAUCAGGCUACUAAUGUACAGUUUGAGUCAGUUUUAAAUAGUGGGUUCUUAAAUCGGUUAUUUGAUACAUCCGAAUACUCAAUACCAAAGUCAUUAAAAAUAUUAAAUAUAAACGCGGCAGCGCAGCUUUUGCCAGAUUACAAGGGUUCACUACUUCCUAAAGAUUCUCCCCUUUUCGAUAUUACAUUAUUGUGUUCUAAGGAGAAACGAGAUCUUUCAAAUUCUGUAAAUAGUGCAUUAAAAAUAUUAUCCCCUGCUAACUCUAUUAAUUUAAAUAUUAAUACUAAAAUGGGAUUCUCGAUAGAUGCCGAAAUUUGCGUAGAUAGUAAAUGCUCCCCUGUUCCUAUCAGUGCAAAGUCAGUUAAACAGAAAGGAGUAUUCAGGAUAGCGAUUCUUACUUGUUGUUAUCAUGAUUUUUGUCGAGGAGUUACCGAGGUCGUGGGACCUAUGAAAUUCUAUUGCAAAUUGUUACAGAUCCAAGGAUAUAAAAUAAUGAUAAUACCUUACACGGAUGUGAAUUUCAAAGACAAACUUAUUCAAAGAGUGCAGUAUAUUAACGAUAACAUAAAGAAGCUUGUGAAAGUUUCUAGUAAAUAA